AUGGCAGGCUGGUUUUCUUCAGCGUCGCCCCUCGAUGAGCAGAUCGAGCGGGCGACCGCUUCCUCCCUGGAAGAUAUCGCACUGAAUUUGGAAAUAUCCGAUAUGGUGCGAUCCAAAAGUGUGCAGCCUAAAGACGCCAUGAGAUCCUUGAAGCGUCGCUUAGAGAACCGGAACCCCAAUAUUCAGCUCGCGACAUUGAAGUUGACGGAUACUUGUGUCAAGAAUGGAGGAACCCACUUCCUCGCUGAGAUCGCAUCCCGCGAGUUUAUGGACAAUUUGGUGUCGUUGAUGAAGGCCGAAGGCGCACCUCUGAACUCAGACGUCCAACGAAAGGCCUUGGAGCUUAUACAAGACUGGGCCAUGGCCGCCCAGGGCCGAAUGGACUUGAUGUAUGUGGGGGAAACAUAUCGCAAAUUACAGAAUGAGGGAUUCCAUUUUCCACCCAAGACCGAAUUGAGUGGGAGUAUGUUGGAAAGCAAUGCACCACCCGAGUGGAUCGACUCGGAUGUUUGUAUGCGAUGCCGCACAGCAUUCAGCUUUAUGAACCGAAAGCACCAUUGCAGAAACUGUGGAAAUGUCUUCGACGCCCAGUGCUCCAGCAAGACCAUUCCCCUACCUCAUCUCGGAAUUCUAGAACCCGUGCGAGUCGAUGACGGAUGCUAUACGAAACUCACGUCAAAAUCUUUCGCCCCAGUAGGUUUAUCAGACCGAUCGGCAUAUAAGAAUAACUCCAUCACCAAGUCCAGUUCCAUGGAGCCUCGCGGUGCUAAAGCAGAUACCAGCUUCGAUGACGACCUCCGUCGAGCGCUGCAAAUGAGCCUGGAAGAAGCAGAAGGAAGAGGACCCUCGGGAUAUCCGACGACCACGACCGCAGCUGUGACCGAGGCCGCGGCUCCAGGACCUAGCGAUGUCGAUGAGGAGGAUGCCGAUCUCAAGGCGGCGAUCGAAGCGUCUCUCCAAGACAUGGAGCAACACAAGCAGAACCACGCCGCAGCGUUGAAGAACACUCCACAGCCAAGUUCUGCCUCACGCGACUCGUCAAGCACCCCAAAGCCGGCUGCUCAAAAUCCCUACGAACUUAGUGUCGUAGAAACUGAAAACAUCCAUCUUUUUUCAACACUUGUCGAUCGACUGCAGCAUCAACCCCGGGGUACUAUUCUUCGCGAGCCUCAAAUCCAGGAACUUUACGAUAGCAUUGGAGCCCUUCGGCCCAAGCUAGCUCGAAGCUAUGGAGAGACGAUGAGCAAACAUGACACAUUGCUUGACCUCCAUUCGAAAUUAUCCACCGUCGUUCGGUAUUAUGAUCGAAUGCUGGAGGAACGCCUUUCCAGUGCAUAUUCCCAGCAAAACCUCGGUUAUGGAGCCGUGCCCAGUGCGGCGCCGUAUCCCAACAUGACUGGCUUGCCCUCUCAGGUUCCAAAUGGCAAAUCCGGAGCGGAAAACUUUUAUUAUGGCAACGCGGCAGAUGCCGCUGGUCCAGCCGGGCCAGCAUAUGCACCACCACAGCAGACGAAUCUGAGUGGAUAUGAAGCACCUCCUGCGGGUGUCGCAAGUCCGUCGUAUCCGCCACACUCACAAUAUGCGGCCCCUGGAGGUGAAUCCGCCUGGGGCCAAAACCCUUAUCCGUCCUUGGGGUCUCCUCCGCCCAAUGCACCCCCGAACAAUGAUGUCGUUGCAGGUGGCUAUGGCGGACCGGCACAGUACUAUGCGUCGCAACCUGACCAGGAACCCCAACUAUCCGAGACUCCGUACCAACCCUCACCUGUACUGCGGCGAGAUUCACAAUACCAGCCUAAUGCGCCAGGGCCACACUCCCCCGAGCAAAUCCAAACACCUACAUAUUCCACCGUGCCACCGGCUACUCACCAACAACCAAGCGGACAUCCACCUCAGUCCUACUAUUAUCAGCCACAGCAGGCCAGCACGGUGCCGUCUGCAUCUGCAUACCCGCAGGUACCGACGGGCCAACCGGGACAAUAUUCGGAAGUAAACCAGACGCAGCAACCCGCACGGGUGGAGGAGAGCUUGAUUGAACUAUAG